GAUUGAGUGUGUGUAAAGCAAUCGCGUCACCAUAGUUACGGCAGGGCCGGCGGCAUUUUAGGCCGUGUUUUAGGCGUCGGGCGAAAAGCUGCUCUAAGAGUACGGGUGGUCCGGUUGCCUGGAAAAGAGGAGCCGUACACGACAUUUAAUUGGGCGCCAUGGAGCUGAACCUGAGCCGGGUGGAUUAUUUGCAGGUGGGAGUAACAUCUCAGAAAACUAUGAAGCUGCUCCCUACAUCAGGACGCAAGGCAACACAGAAGGUUGUCAUUGGAGAUCAGGACGGUGUUGUUACCUGUUUUGGGAUGAAAAAAGGAGAACCUGUGCCAGUAUUCAAGACUUUGCCAGGUGAAAAGAUUGCAAGGCUAGAACUUGGAGGUGCUCUGAAUACACUCCAAGAGAAAAUUUUUGUGGCUUCAGGAUCUGAAGUUCGAGGUUUUACAAAGAGAGGGAAACAGUUUCUUUCGUUUGAUACCAAUCUCACUGAGAGCAUUAAAGCUAUGUAUAUAUCUGGAGCAGAUCUCUUUCUAUGUGCAAGUUAUAUCUAUAAUCACUACUGUGAUUGCAAGGACCAGCACUACUACUUAUCAGGAGAUAAAAUCAAUGAUGUUCUCUGUCUUCCAGUAGAGAAACUGUCUUGCAUUACCCCAGUAUUGGCCUGUCAAGAUAGAGUCCUUAGGGUUUUGCAGGGUUCAGAUCUGCUGUAUGAAAUGGAAGUGCCUGGUCCACCUUCUGUUCUGGCUUUGAAUGAAGGAAAUGGAGGUGACUCUGGUGAAGAAGUUCUUUUUGGGACAUCUGAUGGUAAAAUAGGUCUGAUACAAAUUUCCGCAGCUUCUCCAGUUGAAAAGUGGAAAAUUGAAAAUGAGAAAAAAAGAGGAGGUAUCUUAUGUAUGGAUAGCUUUGACAUUGUAGGAGAUGGAGUAAAGGAAUUGCUUAUUGGUAGAGAUGAUGGAAUUUUAGAAAUCUAUAACUUUGAAAACGGGAACAGCCCUGCGCUCAGAUAUGAAUACGCCUUUUCAGAGAGUGUCACAUCUGUCCAAGGUGGCUGUGUUGGGAAGGAAGGCUAUGAUGAGAUCAUAACAUCAACAUACUCAGGAUGGAUGUCAGGACUGACUACAGAACCUGUCCAUAGAGAAUGUGGGUCAGGAGAUGAAGUAAAAAUGAGUCAUGAAAUACAGAACAAGAUUUUAUCCUUAAGAAAUGAUUUGGAACACCUGCAGGUCAAAGUACUGGAGGAGCGUGAGAAAUACCAGCUGAACUCUCAAUCCAGCACUGCCGUUUCAACAGUACCGACUUUUAGUAUAAAUGAUAAAUUUACCUUAAAUAGAGAUGAUGCCAGCUACAGUCUUGUCUUGGAAGUCCAGACAGCUAUUGACACAGUUUUGCUACAAUGUGAUGUUCCAAUAGACCUAAAGGAUGUGGAUAAAAAUUCAGCUGUUGUGAGUGUUGUUGACUGUGAAUCUGAGACAAAUGGCAACUUCCUCCUUGCCACUUAUCGGUGUCAAGCAAACACAACAAGGUUGGAACUUAAGAUUCUGUCAAUUGAAGGUCGUUAUGGGACACUGCAAGCAUAUGUAAUUCCAAGAGUUCAACCAAAAACCUGUCAAGUUCAGCAGUACCAGAUUAAGCCACUUUCACUUCAUCAGCGGACACAUUGUAUUGACCAGGACAGACCCAUGAAUACCUUAACUCUCAAAGGGCAGUUUAGCUUUGCUGAAGUUCACUCCUGGGUUGUGUUUUGCUUGCCUGAAGUUCCUGAAAAGACACCAGUGGGAGAGAGCAUCAGCUUCUACUUUCAAAACACCUUUUUGGACACACAGCUUGAAUGUACUUACCGGAAAGGGGAGGGAAACUUCAAAUCUGAUAAUAUAUCUACGAUAUCUAUUCUAAAAGAUGUUCUUUCUAAAGAAGCCACCAAAAGGAAGAUUAACCUCAGUAUAUCAUGUGAUAUCAAUGAAGCAUCCGUGAACCAUACCUUAAAGCUAAUCCAUCCAAAAUUAGAGUAUCAAUUGAUGUUGGCUAAGAAAGUUGAGCUCAUAGAUGCUUUAAAAGAAUUACAAACUCAUGAAGGAAAUACAGAUUUCCUGAUUCCAGAAUACCGUAAUAUUGUGGAAGAGGCAGAGCAGCUGCUCAAAGAACAUGAAAAACAACCUGCAUCCCUUGAGCGACUUUAUGGUAUGAUUACAGAUCUGUUUAUAGAUAAAUUUAAAUUCAAAGGCACUAAUGUGAAAACCAAAGUUCCUCUCCUCCUGGAAAUUUUGGGAACCUAUGAUCAGAACACUCUGCUUGCUUUUUUUGAUAGUGCUGCCUAAGCUACAAGAAUUUAAACAGCAAAACUGGACAGUUAGAUCUUCAUUCAUAUAUGCAUUGCUGUCACUUUUCUAAAAAUAAACUUAGCAAAAGAGGGUGUCAUGGUUCUGUAUUAGACAUUGUUUAGGAAAUUGGUUGAUGAAAUAGGCAAGAAUAGACCAUAUAUGAAAAGAUACACUUUUAAAAACUUGAAUGGCAGUUGAAAAAAAUUAGCAUGAUGUGCAGAUGGAUCAGGUACACUUACUCUAAAUACGUUAUAUUCAAAGGUGUGUUUUUUUUAGAAAAUGCUGCAGAAUGUUCUACAUUGUUCUUGCUUUUUGAAGAAACUACCCUUGGAAUCUGUUUUUCCAAUCAUGUAAUGAGAAAAACAAUGUUUGAAGAUUGUAAAUCUAUAGCCAUAUGUAUACUGAAUGUUAUAGUACUUUAUUUUCUGUGUAUUAUAGACAAUAAUGUACAUAGAAAUUUAAUAAUAAACUGUUUAAUAUAA